CGCGCGAUGCAGGCGACAGUCGCGAGGGUCGCGUUGCUGCGGAGAACCGGCCUUGUGUCCGGCCGGGGCGGCGGGAGGGGGCUGUGGAGCGGCCGCCCGCAGUCAGACACUGACAAUAUGAAACCUUUGGAGGGUGUAAGAAUUUUGGAUCUAACAAGAGUGCUGGCUGGACCUUUUGCUACUAUGAAUUUAGGAGAUCUUGGAGCAGAAGUUAUAAAAGUAGAAAGACCAGGAGUUGGUGAUGAUACACGAGCUUGGGGGCCACCUUUUGUGGGGACAGAAAGUACUUACUUUCUCAGUGUUAAUCGAAAUAAAAAAAGUAUAGCUGUUAAUAUCAAGGAUCCCAAAGGAGUGAAAAUCAUCAAAGAGCUUGCAGCAGUUAGUGAUGUAUUUGUGGAAAACUACAUUCCUGGCAAGUUGCGUGCACUGGGCCUUGGGUAUGAAGACAUAGAGGAGACCGCUCCUCACAUCGUCUACUGCUCUAUCACAGGGUAUGGUCAGACAGGUCCACUGUCUCAUCGUGCUGGUUAUGACGCUAUUGCCUCUGCCGUAUCUGGCCUGAUGCACAUCACAGGACCUGAGGAUGGAGAUCCAGUUCGCCCAGGAGUAGCCAUGACUGAUCUUGCCACUGGCCUAUAUGCAUGUGGAGCGAUAAUGGCUGGAUUAAUACAAAGACGCAAAACUGGAAAAGGACUGUUCAUUGACUGUAACCUAAUGUCAUCACAGGUAGCGUGUUUGACCCAGGUAGCUGCUAAUUAUCUUAUUAGUCAAGAGGAAGCAAAGCGUUGGGGCACGGCUCACGGCAGUAUUGUUCCUUACCAGGAUUGCCAAGUGCAAUCGAAGAGGUAUAAACAAUUCUGUUGUUUACUCAUUACAGAAAUUCUUAAUUAUGACUUAAAAGCAAAUUUCCUUCAGGAAAUCAGAUUGUAUUUUGAUGAGGUUUGGAAAAUGAAUAUUGGUGUGCAGGGACUCUGCUCAUACAAGAGCUGGUUUGAAGAAACUCAAGGGAAUAAACUUAACAAAAUGCAAAACAAGUCUCUGUACUUCUAUAUUCAUAAUUCUGAUGCAACCUCUUGA